AUGGCUAUCGACCUAAGCAGCUUCGAGGAAGUGUUUGAAGAUGACAUACAUUCGCACAUAUAUGAAUUAUCUGGGCAUAAACUCUCUGCAAAGCGCUUAGGUUAUGUAGAUCGUAGUUCGGAAACGAUUGAAAUAUCGUUGCCCAUGUCUAAGAUAGAUAUGACAAUCGUACAGUCGUUGACUGGGUUGUCUGAGUCUACAGGCUACGUAUGUUGGGAGACGGCUCUGUACUUAACAGAUUGGAUAUUACUGGAUGAAAAUUGUCCUAUUAGGCUAAAUAACGAUAUGACUGUAGUUGAGCUUGGGAGUGGGGUGGGUGGCAUAUUGGUGUCCCAAUUUGGACCGCAGGUUAAGAAGUAUGUAGCAACAGACCAGAAGCCCAUUUUGAAGCUUUUGAAGAAGAAUUUCGUUAAUAACGUAAGAGGGGAGUAUACAAGCGAAACAUGCGAUGGAGGCAGUAGUUCUAAGGACAAAAACUACAGUAGAAGAAGUAAUGGUGAUGCCGCUGUGAUCGAGUUUGUUGAGUGCGACUGGGAAUAUGUAGAGCAUGGGGUCAGUACCGUAAAAGAGGUGAUUGGUGAUGUAGAAAUUGAUCUUGUGAUAGCAUGUGAUACCAUAUAUAACGAAUACUUGAUCCCUCACUUCAUCAGAUCGUUCAAGCUGCUCAUGGGUGCAAACACGGCCGUAUUAGUUGGCUUGCAGGUCCGUGAUGAGGUGUUGAUGGAAAUCUUUGCUGAGAAAAUAUUUGAGGAAGACUUGAAGUUGUACUACGUAAGGAAUGAGUACUUAAGCCUGCAGCUCUUGCAAGGCUACGUUGUGUACUAUAUAGAGCGAGUAAAUCCGUAG